AAACAAUAAUCACCUCUUAAAGUAACAUCUUUGUUUUUCUCUCACCUCUAAGAAACAAUGUUGAGUGCUUUUUUGGGUCAUGCAUCAGCUAUUGCUAUAGCUUCACCAGUAGUCAGCAUUGUUGGCAUCAGGCGACCAACAUACGGAGAGAUGAAACAAGUGGGAGUCGUUGAAAAACAAAGAGAAAUGCCAACAUUUCCUCAAUCAUUUCCUAUGAACGGUGGUGAUGGUCCGCACAGUUACAUCCACAAUUCCUCUUAUCAAAAAGUAGCGAUAGAUGGCGCUAAAGAAAAGACAAGUGAAGCCAUCUUAAAGAACCUCGAUCUCGAACUCCUGAACCUAGAGGAAGUGACUAAGGCGUACGAGAUCCAGUUCAAAAUAGACAUGGGAAGUUUUCUUGAAGCAAGAGCAGAAGAAAUUGUCUCGGGCGGAUUGAUGAUCCUUUCAGGACAAUGCUUGCCUGAUGGGAUCCCAAAGGCUUUGACAUGGCAAGGUGUUGUGAUCGAUAUGAUUGGAGAUUGUCUUAUGGAUAUGGCUAAACUGGGAAUAACGAGCAAGGAAAAGAUCGAACUGUUCAGUUUGCCCACAUAUAUCCCGCAUAUUAGUGAAUUCAAGGCAAACAUUGAGCAAAAUGAAAACUUUAGGAUCGAGACAAUGGAGGAGAUAAGUCAUCCUAUGGAUUAUAUGCCAUUAACCAACGACUUCAUCACUUCCAUGUUUCGAGCCAUUCUCAAUACUAUUAUUGAAGAACACUUUGGAGACGGUGUGGUCGAUGAGCUAUUCGAACGACUUGCUAAGAAGCUGGACAAGUACCCAAUUGAUUUCAAAAUGUGUAAAAAAAAAUGGUCAAUUGUGUGUGUUUCAUGAAUUUCUUACCAAUCGUUGAUGUCUAAAAAUUUCGAAACAAUAGAAAAAAUCUUGAAGCUUACUUUCCCAAACUCAAACAUUUUAAAUUUACAGUCUUUGGUUUGGAUUACAUCAAUAUACCUGGAACCUUCAU